AUGGUCGGUGCCGCUGUUGUCGCGGAAGAGGCCCUCGACCCCCCUCCGCCUCCCCCGCGCCUCUUUGAGCGCCUGCGCCAGAUAGCCGGCUACACCUGGGACGAGUCCAUCCACCCGAUUCACUCCACGUACGACUACUGGUACAUUUUCGGCACGCGGCUUGUGCCUCAAGCCCCGACACCAUCCGCCUCGUCCCACCACCUACAAAGCGCCGCAAUCGCGGGCAAGCUACGGCCAUCAACCUCGGACCAUGGCGCUGGACAACAAACACCCACGUCCGCCUUGGAUGGCGAGCCAUUCCCCUCGCCGUCCAUCUUCUCCCGCCCUCCCUCGACAGCCUCGUCAACCUCUGCUACCGAUUCCUCCUACGCCGAAGAACCCAUCGUUGCCCGCAUCUCUCUCCACACCUUUCGCGAGGAGCGGGCUUUUCAGAUCGCCAAGAACUUCUUGGCCAAGGCUGACCCAAACGCUCAUCAUAUUGUCAGACCACUUGAUCUCAUGAGGCUACCUCCGACCUCGGGAGACCGCUCCGCCCUCGUCGUCGCCAUCUAUCAGCGCAUCGGUCCUAACUACCUGUUUGACGUCCUCGACAUGGGCCCCGCCCUCUAUAGAGCCCGCAAAGAUGGCGAGUCCUACCAAUCCUACUCCGACCUCCAACUCGCUCCCAGGCAAACCAUCAGCCUUGAACACUUUCUCGAUUUCGCAAUAGGUGCAGCAGAGUGCCUCGAGAUUCUCCACCAUCACCAUGGCAUGAUUCAUGGCGAGCUUCGUGGCGAUGCCUUUCACUUCAACGUCGAGACCAACCAGGUUCGAAUCGUCUCGUUUGGCUCCGGUUUGCGAUCCUUCGAGCAUGGCCUGACUAGUACCGGCUGGUCGACCCUUUCCAAGGAAAUCGGCGCCAAAAAUAAGCUCCUCUACAUAAGCCCCGAACAGACAGGCCGCAUGCCGGCAGAGCCCGACAGCCGCACCGACAUCUACUCCCUCGGCGUCCUUUUCUGGACCCUCCUCACACGGCAGCCCGUAUUUAGCGGCGACAACCCCCUCGAUAUCGUCCAGGGCGUCUUGAACAAGAAAAUACCAAACGUCACCACUGUCCGGCUAGGCAUCCCCGACGUUAUUGGACGCAUCAUACAAAGGUGUACCGCUAAAAAUGUAGCCGACCGCUACCUCUCCGCUAGCGGGUUGCGCCACGACUUGGUCUUGGUCCAAGAGCAUCUUGGUAACGGAGACCUUCAAGCCCUUGCUGAUCUGCAUAUCGGCUCCAAGGACGUCUCGUCUUUUUUUCUGCUUCCCACAGUCAUGAUUGGCCGGGACAAGGAGAGGAAUGAGCUGCUUCGUGUCAUUGACCGCGUAUCUAGAUCUCACUCUGUACAAGCCAGAGGCCCGCACCCGAAAUCUUCUGACGGUUCUAGCUUCCACAACGAUGCCUUCCUACCCGAUGACGCCUCUAGUGAAGGCGCUAGCUCGACUGGCGACGGCAACACCCGGCGAAGCGCUUCCUUCACUCAAACGUCCAUCAACGACCAAAGGCUGUUCAAGGGCAGUUUUCAGUCCUCGGCACCAGCCGAUUCGCAUAAUUCAGACAGCGCCUCCACAUCACACUCCAUCAAUACCCUCCCGGCGCCUCGUAUAGCCCGUCGUUGGGAGCGCCACCAGUCCAUGUCCAAUGACACCAACUCUGCUGCCGAUAGCUCUGGCUAUGACGGAAGUCGCCACGGUGGCGUAGACUCGGGAGCGUCCACACUAUCCAGACAGCUCGGAACCGCCAAAUUCAGGCGUAGAGGCCAUUGCGAAGUUGUCGUGAUUGACAGUGCUGGUGGUUUGGGCAAGAGCUGCUUGAUACAGUCCGUAUUGCCUGAUAUUCGCAGACGUGGAUAUUGUGCCACGGCCAAGUUCGAUUCCGCAAGGCGAGCAGCACAUGGUCCACUCAUUAAGCUCCUAUCAUCCCUCUUCAAGCAAGUCUGGGGCGAGAGAAACACGGACACGCCGUUUCACCAAGCGCUGAAGCAGUACGUCCGCCCCGUCUGGCCCAUGCUGCACAAAACUUUGGGCCUUCCCGAGUUUUUGUUAGGCCCGGCAGAUACCGUAGCUUCCCGCACUAUAUCGCUAUCGCAAAGCUCGGGGCUGCGGAACAACGGCCGUGUUGGUAAGCGCAGAGGCUCCUCCCCCGGUAUCUCGCCCGGCCCCUCUGGUGGCGGAACCAGCAUCGCCUCUCAGACCGCCCACGACUUUCUACGCGUUGGCGCCUCGACAAAGACGAGACGUUUUGUCAACACGUUCCUCGACGUCUUGCGCGUUUUUACACACCACAAGCUCAUUUGCUUCUGCUUGGAAGACCUUCACUUCGCCGACGAAGAGUCCCUGGAGCUCGUUUCCCAAGUCAUCAGCGCCCGUAUGCGAAUGGUCAUAAUUCUGACGCACCGUCCCGAAGAACUCUCAGCCGAAAAGAUGCAGAGCGUCGUCUACUCUCCAGAAAUCCAAGAACUGCCCAAGAGCAGUCGGCCAACCAUAACGAAGUUAAAACUGGCCCCCUUCACCGAAGCAGAGGUUCUGAAGUAUGUUGCCGCGACCCUCGCUAGGCCCACCGACGAUAUCCUGCAAUUAGCCAUGGCGAUCCAAUCCAAAACGGCAGGCAAUCCAUUCUAUAUCCGCGAGAUGCUCAGCAUAUGCAACCGAAAGCGGUGUAUCUGGUACGACUAUCGCGACUCACAGUGGCACUACGAUCUGGACAAGAUCUUUGCCCAGUUUCAAGGGGAAAAAGACUUUGAAUUGCUCGACACCGAUUUCAUUACUCGACGACUGAACGAAUUACCACCCGCAGCCCGAGCCGUUCUGGCAUGGGCAGCUCUCAUAGGAAGUUCCUUUUCCUUUGAGCUUAUCUGUCGUUUGAUGCAUGGCGAGUACAACUUCGAAGACGGAGCUCCGCUUUGCGCUGCUGAAUCCCCUAUGCAAAGCAAGUACACAGAAGGCGAGGCUAUCGAGGGUUUACAAGCAGCUGUACAAGCCUAUAUUCUUGUUCAAAGCGAGACGGAGGAUCGUUUCCGAUUCGCACAUGACCGAUAUAUACACGCCUCGUCAGGCUUGAAGGAGUGCAACGAGCAGAAGAUGCAUUUUAUCAUUGCGCAGACUUUGAUGAAGUAUUAUCCUGAUGACUCAAGGGAACGAACCAACGUUGCUAGACACAUCUGCAAAGCGGUCCCUUUGAUCAAAACGCGAAUCCCAAAACGAGAGCACUUCCGCAAACUCCUAACAGAAUGCGCCCAAGAUGCCGUCGAGAACGGAGCCCGACCGACGGCUUCCAAAUACUAUAGCAAGGCACUGCAAUUGCUGCAGCCCGGACCUUGGGACCCGGACAGCCCUGAUGUCAGCUACGACGAGACGCUUCGACUACACCUACGCACAGCUGAGUGCUAUCUCUACAUGAGCAAGCUAUCUAAAGCCAACGACCUGUUAUCCAUCAUAUUUUCCAACGCCAAGACACCGCUGGACAAGGCCCCUGCCUAUGUACUGCAGUCUCGCAUCUUUGCCCAAAAUGGCAACUCCUUGGCUGCCCUGAUUUCCCUGAAAGACUGCAUGGCCACUAUUGGCGUGGACGUCGAAAGAGAGCCAACAUACGAAGCGUGCGAUAAGAAGUUUGAGGAGCUGGCAACAAAGAUCAAGUCGAUGGAUCGGUCCACCAUCACAGCUGCACGGACUAGCAACGACCAGGUCAUGGCGUCCAUUGGCGCCGUGCUGUCCGAAAGUUUGAGUGCUGCCUGGUGGAGUGAUUGUUUGGAGUAUUACUACCUUACACUGGUCAUGCUCGAUACUCAUCUCACGCGGGGGGCAUUCCCACAGUCUGGUGUGGCGUUCCUCAACAUGGGUGUCGUGGCCCUCUGUCGCUUUUCAAUGGCUGAGUUUGCCGUUGAGCUCGGCGUCAUCUCACAGGAUCUACUUUACGAUGGACGUGACACGUUCUCCAUUGCCCGCGGCCAGAUGCUCCAUACAUUCUUCCUUGCGCAUAUUCACUGCUCAAUGCCGGUCUCUGUGGCGCAGACGGAAGAUGCCAUUGAGUUGGCUUCGGUCGGCGGUGAUCGAAUGUCGACAAUUCUCAGCUACGGUCUUACAGCGCAUACCAAGUUCUUUGCGAGCGAGAACCUUGACGACUUGGAGAGCUACUGCCAAUUUGCAUGCGAGGAGAUUCCUACCUGGUAUUCUGACACAAGAGGUGGUGCCAUGAUUGUGGCUAUCCGACAGACAUGCCGUGCUCUUCAAGGCAAGACCCACGUGGGUGAUGCCCUCGGUAUCAUGUCUGAUGAUCACCAUAAUGGACCUCGAUAUAAAACUUGGCUCACGACGCAGACGCAGGAGAGCAAUCGAUCCCUUCUGUUGUACGAAAGUGUCGAGCUUGUUAAUUUGUUCUUAUAUGGGCACUAUGAAAGAGCAGUUGAGCUAGGCAGGAAAUGCUAUAAUCACCUAGACGCCAUCUGGUCUGCGCGCAACAGUCGCCUGACUCUACUCUUCUACGGCCUGGCUAGAGCCGGACAGCUGCUGAGACAAAUGCAAGAUCCGCGCUCGCCCACGGCCAACUUUUCGGCACAAACGCAGGAAAUUGUCAAGGAAAUGCAAGGUUUUGUCGACAAGAUCCAGCAGUGGUCAACGGUAUCAGAUGUCAAUUAUCUCUGCUGGUCACGGCUUUUGGAGGCGCAAGUGGUGGAGCUUGUCGGCGAUCACGGCGAAGCAGUGCAACAUUAUGAAGAGGCUCUCGAUCAUGCCAGUGAGCACGGGUUUGUCUUUGAAGAAGCCCUGGGCAAUUACCUCAUGGCCGGUUUCUUCCUUCGCCGGCGCGCCAGACGAUCUGCCCGAUCCGCGCUGCUGGAGACAGUGGGCUUAUACCGCCAGCUUGGUGCCACUGGAGUCGCAAGAGCAAUCGAAGAAGAGCACUGCUUGCUGCUUCGUGGACCUACCCGAAGCCACCAGACGGCAGAUGCCGCAAUGCAGACUGAUUUCGUAACGGACACCUCGUCUGUUCAAUAUCCUCACGUGGAUGGCGAGGACGACCACCAGCUGAAUCAGGUCAAUUCGCAUACUCUAAUGGAGGUCAAAGGCGACAGGAUAGGAGCCUGGCGCGGCUCCAUGGAUAUGCAAAGCGACGACGUAUCUGGACUCCCCACGCUCGAUAUGAUUGACCUGCACGCUAUUCUGGUUUCUUCACAGGUCAUCUCAUCCGUGUUGCAAAUCGACGAGCUUCUCAAGACCAUGUGCGAUGUGAUCUUGCAGACGUGCGGAGGCUCGGCGACUCUCGCUGCCAUUGUGGUGCAAGACCCGGAUGCAGGUGAUAAUUCGUGGUGCAUUGCCGCCAGUGGUGACCCCGAAAAAGGCGCAUCUGCGCACAACCCAGGCCUCCCUCUUGCCGCAAACUCCUUGAUUGCAGACAAUGUUGUGCUGUACUGCACACGCUUCCGCGAAGCUGUCUUCAUCCCCGACCUCAGCGUUGAUGAGCGUGCAGGCAACGUUAACGAUACCUGGCUGCAAAAGAACCCACUAGGGAGAUCCAUCAUUGCUAUUCCUAUUGCGCACGGCGACAAACCGCUUCUUGGUGUCUUGUACAUGGAAGGUGAGCCUCGCUCGUUCACGGACCGCAACGUCACCGUGUUGCAGCUCUUGGUGAACCAGUUAGCGAUCAGCUACUCGAACGCACAUACGAUGAGGGAUCUCGAAAAAGUGUCGGCCGAGAAUCGCUCCAUGGUGUCUGUGCAGCGCCGGGCUCUAGAGAAGGCGAUCAAGGCGGAAACCAAGGCCAAGGAUGCAGAGGCUGAAGCCAACCGCAACGUUAAGCUAGCCGAGGAGGCAGCCAAGGCAAAGUCCAUCUUCCUGGCCAACGUGUCUCACGAGCUGCGCACGCCGCUCAACGGUGUGAUUGGCAACUCUGAGCUGCUCCGGGAUAGUGACCUGAACAGAGAGCAGCUGGAGAUGGCCGAUUCCAUCCGAGUGUCUGCAGAUCUUCUCCUGACAGUGAUUAACGACAUUCUCGACUUUUCCAAGAUGGAGGCGGACAAGAUGAAGCUCUACAUAAUCGCCUUUAACCCCGAGGAAAUGGUUCGUGAGGUCGUCCGUGCCGUGUCGUACAGCAAUCGCGAGAAGACGUCCAAGAAGAAUGUCAAAAUCAUACAAGACAUCAACUUGCCGUCGAUGCUGAUUUACGGAGACCCUAUUCGGCUGCAUCAAGUUUUGGGUAAUCUGAUUGGCAACAGUCUCAAGUUUACAGAGGACGGAUCCAUUACGAUUGGAGCGAGACUAGACUCAGAAACAGCCGAGAGCGCGACUCUCACGUUCUGGGUCAGGGAUACGGGAAUUGGCAUUCAGCCACAGCAACUCGCCAAGUUGUUCCAGCCGUUUAGUCAAGCUGAUGCUGGAACGGCGAGGAAGUAUGGUGGCAGCGGUCUUGGUCUCAGCAUCUGCAAGUCUCUGAUAGAGGUCAUGAUGAAGGGCAAGAUUCAACUGGAAAGCGAAGAGACUGUUGGCACAACGGCCUGGUUUACAGUGACGUUUGAAAAGACAAAGGCAGACGUCCUCGCUGGCGACGCGCUUGCCAAAUCGUCACCACUGAUCGAGCGGUACUCGAGCCUGUCGCCAAGCUAUGAGCGGGCGACUGUUGCUAAACCGCCCAUGAAUCUAUCCAAGCUCGCGACGGAGGAUAUCCGCGUGUGCAUAGCUGAAGACAACCCGAUCAACCAGAAGAUUGCGAUUCAGUAUGUGAAGCGACUCGGAUACCGCCACGUCGUGGCUUAUGAAAACGGCAUGAAGGCGAUUGAAGGCCUGCGUGCCAAGGCCAAGGAUGGUCAGCCGUAUCACAUCAUCCUGAUGGAUGUCAUGAUGCCUGUCCUGGACGGGUACGAAGCAACCAAGCUCAUUCGCAAAGAUCCGAUCGAGGCUGUACGAAAGAUUCUUGUCAUUGCCAUGACGGCGUCUGCUAUCCAGGGCGACAGAGAAAAGUGCUUGGCAGCAGGAAUGAAUGACUACCUGGCCAAGCCCGUGCGGGCCGAUGUGCUUCGGCGUAAGCUGGACGCGUAUGUCAAUGCGCCGGAGAACCCAUUCCCAACACCAUCGCCGAGCCCGCUGGAAAUUUCACAGGCCGAGUACGACGCCAGAUUGAGGGCGGUUUCCGAAUCGGCCAAGGAGCAGACGUUUAGCCGGCAAGCUCUGCGGACAGAUGCUAGCAUGGAUCCGAUGGAGGAGGGCGCUGUAUUCAACCAGCCGCUGGACUCGGAGGGUCUACGAGCGUGCGAUAGUCCGAUCUUUGGCUCGUCAGCGCCGUCGUUUGUGCACCGCAGCCGGUCCGUUCACAGCUCGACAUCGAGGACGCCGAGCCCGUUGGAAGUACCCGGUGAUAAGAAAGCGGGCGACGGCGCGGGGCGACUGAGCACAGACAGUAAGGGAAAGGCGGAGACGGAAAACAGGAACGGCACUGUGGCGAAUGGAGCGAACGAAAGAUGA